AUGUCAGAAUCAACAGAACUGUUAUUUUCAUCACUAAACAUUAAUGGUCAGAAUUUAUCUUUGAAUGAUCCUGAUAUUGGAACUCCACCAUCUUUCAAUGACGACGGUAGUGAUAAUUAUUCUGCAACAAAUGAUCAAGUAAAUGAUUCAGCAAACGUCAAAUCCAAUAAUAUAGAACUGGUUUAUACUAAAAUCUUUCAUGCUUGUCAACUUGGAGAUUUUGAAGUUGUUGAUUCAUUAUUAAGUACACCAGAUUUAAAUAUAAACGAAUUGGAUGAAUAUAAUAAUUCUUUACUAUAUACUGCAUCAUUAAGAGGUUAUUAUAAUAUAGUUGAAUUAUUAUUGAAAAGAGGAGCAGUAUGUGAUAGAGAUACUUUUCAAGGUGCAAGAUGUAUUUAUGGAGCUUUAACUGAUGAAAUCAGGGAUUUAUUAAUUAGUUAUGAUGUUUCAAAAGCUGUGGACAUUAAUCAACCUUUUGCUGGACAUAUUUCAUUAUUCUUGGCUAAUCCUUCAAAUAAAGAUAUUUAUUUUAAGUUUAAUCAAAAAGGUUUAAGUCCUGAGUUAUCUGGAUUUGCAUUGCAUAGAUUUUUAUUAGCUUCGAGAAGUCCUUAUUUUAUGAAGAAGUUUACUAGUGAUUGGCAAAAUUUAUCGGUAGUGAACAUGCCACAAGAAGUUGAUCCUUUAGCAUUUAAGGUUAUAAUCGAUUAUAUAUAUUUAAGAACUGACUCAAUGGCUAUAACAAACACUAAAAUUCAUUCAAAAGUGCUAGAUUUGGCAAAAAAGUAUGAAUUGUAUGAUUUAGUGGAGGGCAUUAUUGAGAUUUCAGGUGUUGAUGAUGAGAAACAACAAUACAAAAUCAAACAUGCAUUGGCUUUGAAAUUUGUUGAGAAAGCUAGGAAAGAUCUUCUGGUACUUUUGAAGAAUGAAAUCAUACUAGGAAGUUUUAAAUCAGAUUUGGACUUGGAGGAUGAUGUUGACUUGGAGGAUAUUGAUUGUCAAGAAUUUAUAGAUGAGAAUACGAAAUCACAAAUACUAAAUUCGAAUUCAAUACCCGACGUUAUACUAGCAAAUGUCGACUCAAAUUCGGACACCAUCACAUAUUAUCCUGCUAAUAAAUCAAUAAUUGCAAGAUCAGAAUAUUUUGACACUAUGUUUAAAUCAGAUAUAUUCAGAUACGCGGAAGAAGACAUUCCAAGUUAUAAAGAAGGUCAAAUUUCAGUAGUGAACAGACCUCAAUUAGAAGAAAUACAUUUACCAGUAAUAAGAUUAUCAUGGAGUACAUCUAAUGAAAAAGUAGGCACAAUGGUGCUAUCUUAUUUAUAUCAUGACGAAGUUGAUAAAAUACCACUACAAAACACAGUUGAGUUAUUAUUUGCAGCUGAUGAGUUAUUUCUAGAAAGAUUGAAAACAAUAGCUGCUGUGAAGAUUAGUUCUCAAUAUUCGACUUUCUCCACUAAAGAAUACUCACAACUCAAACAAGAUCUUAAUCAUGAUGCAUAUGAUUUAAUAAGAAUCGCAUGGCAGACAAGAUGUGAUAAAUUAGAACAACAUAUAACGAAAAUGAUUGCAUAUAAUUUACAAAAUAUUUAUGAAUCAGAGACAGAAAGUGCAAAGUUAAGGACAUUAAUUAAUGAAUCAGCAUUAAGAAUUAAAGAAAGACAAAUUACAGAUACUAUUGAAUUAGUUGAUGAUAUAAGAUAUUAUUUAUCUAAAAAAUAUGCAUUGGGAGAUGAUCAUGAAAGUUUUGAUCCUGCUAUUGGACUUUCUGAUAAACGAGAAAAUAUCAAAUUAUAUCAAAUGGCUUUGCUUGAAUAUAAUAGAGAUAUUGAAGUUAUAGAUCAAUAUCUUGAAGCUUUGAAUCUUGAUGCAUAG